UGACAGUCAAAGAAAGACAUUUUAAUUUAUGGAUUUUGAAUUGGUUGGGUCUUGUUCUGGAAUGACCAACAGGUGAUGGACGUGAAUGACUGCCCUCCACGCUUCUCUGAGUCCAGCUACACAGCCCUGGUGGCCGAGAACAGCGAGGUGGGCGCCACCGUCACCAUCCUCACGGCCGCUGAUGACGAUGAAGGAAACCAUGGCCAGAUCCAGUACAGCCUCGGCCCCGAUGAAAGCGCUGUAGUGAAGUCAACUUUCCGCAUUGAUCCACACACUGGGACGCUGACCCUGGCGGCCCUGCUGGACCGCGAGACCAUGGCCCAGUACUCCUUCACCGUCACUGCCACUGACGGGGGCCCCAAGCCUCUGUCCACCAGCACAAGAGUCACUGUACUGGUCAAGGACUACAACGACAACCCUCCAGUGUUCACCAAAGACACUUACGUCACUGCUGUGCCUGAGGACACCGCCACGGGCACGGCGGUGGUGGAGCUCAGCGUGACGGACGCCGACGAGUCUGUGGCCGAACUUGACUUCUUCAUCACCGGCGGCGACCCUGACGGCCAAUUCCUGGUGCACGCCUCAGGGGAGGUGUACGUGGCCGGUGAGCUGGACCGGGAGAGGCAGGCCGAGUACACCCUCACCGUCACCGUCACCGACGGGAAGUUUACGGCCAACACGACUGUUACUGUGACAGUCAUCGACAUCAACGACAACGGUCCGGUGUGCAAGGAGCCAAUCUACCGUCGGGAGAUCUCUGAGGAUGCCACCCCAGGCACCCAGGUGGCCUCUGUUGUGUCCUGGGAUGCCGAUGAAGGCACUGCUGCCUGGAGCCGCUACAUUCUCACCGGGGACAGCGCCCACCACUUCAGUAUUGACCAGCUGAAUGGCCACGUGGCCACAGCCACCCAGCUGGACAGAGAGGCACGGGACCACUACCACCUCACUGUUUAAUCGCACUCUAUAUGAAGCUUACGUGGAGGAAAAUUCAUCUCCUGGCCAGCUAGUCAUCAACCUGGUGGCCACGGACCUUGAUGCCUGGGACCUGGGCAAGCUGCAGUACACCAUCCUGCACCAGACUUCAGAGGGAGCCUUCACCGUGGACAAAGAAGGCAACCUAUACACUGAGACACCUCUGGAUCGCGAGUCCCUGCCUGUGCACAGCCUCAAGGUGUCUGUGAUGGACGAGGGGGGCCGGGCCAGCUUCACGGCGGUGCGUGUGACGGUCCGCGACAAGAACAACAACCCACCAGUCUUCACGUUGCCGGAGUAUCAGGCGAACAUCAACACUGACUUGGCUCCCAGGACAACCAUUCUCAAGGUGGGGAACACUGGGCAGGGAGGAGUUAGGCCCCGUUCACACCGUGGCAACGCUGGGCCAUGACAACUCAGCGACUUUUAGGCCCCCAUCACACUGUGCCGACUCGGCAUCUGACAAUCGUUUCUAGACCUCUUUCCGACCAUGUGCGACCCUUUCACAUCAGCAUUUCACACCCAAGACCUUGUGUGCCCUUAGUCGCUGGGUUGUCAUGGCCCAGAGUCAGCACAGUGUGAAUGGCGCCUUAAUCAACUAAUUUCCUUUAUGGCCUUUGGAAAUAUUUGUUGAGAGACCCAAAAUAGUCUAAGAAUG